AUCUCAGCGAAGACAAAAACCAAACACCGAUGUUUCCAAAACGUACAAAAACAUCGAUGUUUCGCCACCUCUAGUUGAGAGCCAAAUAAAAUAGGAUUUUCUGGAUUUAGAUGAAUUUUGGCCGGGACUAGCAUGGACGAUCCGCUCAAGCCGAAGCCAGUGCCGCUGGCCGCCGAAACGGUGCUGUGGUUCGAGUUCCUGCUCGAUCCGCACAAGAUAACGCAGCACCUGCAGCGGCCGCAUCCCGAGCCCAGCGCCAUGGAGCUGAUCAUGCAGUUCAUCAGCAUGACGCCGGACACGGCGUUGGCAUCGGUGGUUACGCCCGGCAGCGACCUGCAGACCCUAAAUCAGCCUCCUCCCCCUGCGGGUCCCAUUCCCGGCGUGGUUGGUGGUGGCGCCACCACCCCGCCCACAGCGCCCAAUGCCUCCGGCGGAGUGGGCAUGCCGCAUAGUCCACAGAGACCCGCGGAGAGUGGCCUGCAAUUGACCCGCAAGCAGCUGGCACUCAAGAUCCUGGAGCUCAAGGUGGCCACCUGGCUGAAGUGGGACCUGGAUGCGCUGGAGAAGCACCUGCCUGUGAUUAUGCAGCUGGCCCUGCUGCGCGACCUGUGCACCAUCAGCUACGGCUGUCCUUUGAGUAUUCCCCUGCCCAGUGACUUUGAUCUGAAGAUUUCCACUGCUGGCAACGAGAGGGCAGCGAGAUUCGCCCUGACCAUUUACCACCGCCUGCUGCUGCGCCUGCAACUGAUCAAGGAACAGGCCCUGAAAACGCCACGUCCUCCAAAUACCAUGUACCAAACUGUGGACCAACUGCAGCAGUUUCUGGACACACCCACGCAACCCUCCAUCGAGUAUUUACAGCAGCUCUGCGGCUCGGCCAAGCCCUUCUACGUGUUCCACUACGACAGCUUUGUCACGCUGCAGUGCGAUGAUCUGGGCACUGGCCAGAACUACGACCUCAUGCACCUGAUUACGCCCCAGGAGCUGAGGGCGCAGCUGCAGUAUGAACUGGCCCAAUAUUACCUGUACACCAAGCAGUAUGUUCUGGCCCGCGAAGCGGCCGCCGCCUGCAAUAGCAAUCUGCAGGCCGUCCCGCCACAGACGACGCUCUAUUUCUGCCACAUACGACCGGCGGAGCUGGAGGGCCUACUGCAAGCGUGUGGCAUCAGCGCCCAGGAGCAGACGCUCUUGGAAAAGUUCCAGCAAUCGCUGCUCAACAACUACGCAGACAUUGUGCCCAUCCUGCGGUUGGACAACCGAGCGCGGGAGAUCCCCUUGAUGAGCCGCCGGCAACUGGAACUGGACAUCGAGGGCUCCCUCUCGACGGGCAUUCUAAAGGAAACAGUUCAGCUGCAAUUGCAGGUGGCCGCCUUGAAUGUGGUGCGAAAUAUCUUCGAGUGGGGCAGCAUCUUCGGCAGCGUGGAGUACUUUGAAAAGUACAGGGAACUGGACUGCCUGCCGCCGCUGGUGGAGGCUCUGCAGGAAGUGCUGCCGCACUGCAGUCUCAGGGAACAGGCGGCCCUCAAGCACUUCCUCAUCGACUGUUUGCUGCAUCAGGGCGGGCAGUCGCGGCAAUUACUGCAAACUGUGCGGGGAUUUGGACUCUUCUCGGCCGAUGAACUGCAGGAUUUGGACGAACAGAUGCUGCAGGCGGCGCCGUCGGUGCCCACGAACUCGCUGGCCUCGCUUUCCGACUGGAUGUGCCACUCAAAGAUGAAUCGAGUGGAUGUGGCCGCCCUCGAACGACAACUGAUCAGCUGCACAAAUGCCAAUACAGUGCGUAUUCUGCUGGUCAAACUCUGUGGCACGGCGCCAGGAAAACCUUUGUGGGCCAUCAAUCCCAGUUGGGAUGUGCCGCAGCCUCUGAAAACUCUUAUUAUGGCCAUGCCCGUGAGCUUUCUGCAAGACUUCAGCUAUGUUCUGCUGGGAAAGGCGCGGGAGUUGGCCACAAGAGGCAACUACAUCGAUGCCGUCUCCAUGCUGAGUGUCCUAAAGUCGGAAACGCAGCGCCAGGAGAUGGCGGCCAAUGUGCAGCUGAUGUGCAAGCUGCUCACCUGGGAAAUCCUGCACAUCCAGAUAACACAAUGCCUGGAGGAGUGGCACCAGAAGCCACUGGAUCUGCAGUCGCUGGGCGGAAGAUGCAAGCAAUGCUUGGGAGCCCUGCAGGCGGGUGAUUCGAUGAUCCCGCGGCCGGAUAUCCUAGAGAGUUGCGCCAUUAUGCUGCUUAACCUGACGGAAUUCCCACCACUCCUUUACCUGGACAAGCGGGCGGGUCCCCUGGAACUGCCCCUCGCCUUUGCCGCCACCUUCAUCGAGAUGGAGAAGAUGAAGGGACCCAAGAAGGUGUGUCGCGAUGCCUGGGAACUGAUGCUGAGCAUGUUCUUGAACGUACCGAAGCGCGGCUCCUCAGGAGUGGGCGGUAUUAGCUCCCUGCAGGCCUUCCUGCAGCGAGUGCGCCACCAGAGCGUCUUUGGGCUGGCCAUUUCCAUGAUUGGAAAGAUCCACAACAUCCUGAAGGACGACCCCAACCAUGACUUGAGCUGCGAGUACAUGCAGCUGUGGCCCACCAGCAUAAACAACCCCAUCAGCUACAGUUUGCGGAGUGUCUGUGAGACCCUCCAGUGGCUGCUGUCCGAGGCUCUAUCCUACUAUCCGCAGACCAUUUCCUGGCUGAAAAUGAAGGGAGAUCUGGACCUGGCGAUCGGCAACAAUGAGUCCGCCAUGCGUUGCUAUGUUAAUGCUCUGGUCACCGGCACCGAUUACUGCACCAUGCCGCUGCAGAGGAAUGUGGCCGACGACUAUGUCAUCCGCAAGAUGAUUCGAUGCGCCGCCAAUCUCGGCUGCCACAUGCAGGCCACCGUUCUGUGUCAGUUCCUCGAGGAGAUCGACUACGGCAUUGUGUUCAAGAAUCUCAGCGAGAAAUCGUCGAAUUUCACAGACGCCAUGGAUGCGUACUACAGCUGUAUUUGGGAUACCACGCUGCUCGAGUUCAUUGUCAAUCUGCAUGCGAAAAGAGGCGAACACAGCCGGAAACUUGAAGCGAUCUCUAUGAUGGGCACUCUGGAGCUGAAUGCGAAUAACAACGAGGAGAUCAAGCGAGAAUGCGCCAUGGUGCGCAAAUCCCGCUUCCUGCGCGCCCUGGCCAAACAGUAUUUGCUGUAGUCGCA